GCUGGAGAGUGACAGUGUAGGGUCAAAGGUUAAAGUAAAACAAGCAACCAUCUUAUCAUUUCAUUUCAUAUUUAUAAUUUAGGAGCGAUAAAAUAGCAAAUUCAUGAACGAGCAGCUGCUUCAUUCCAACAGAGAAAGAUGGCCCUGAGAUGUAUAUACUCAGUCUCCCCUAUUCAAGCUCAGAUUUCUUCAUCUCAUAAGGGCAUUGCCAUGCAGCAUCCUCACAAUGGCACUCUACCUCAGAGCAAACUAUUGCAAAGACAAUGCUGUGCAAAGUUUUCAAGUUCGACCUUGCUGAUUAAAGAGACAAAGGAAUCUAGGUUCAGUGUCAAGUGUUCAGUAACCACAGCAAGCAAAAAUCUUACAGAGGAUAGGAUGCUGGUAUUUGUUCCCCCUCAUCCCCUAAUCAAGCAUUGGGUAUCUGUUCUUCGAAAUGAGCUGAGCCCAUGUCCGAUUUUCAAAAAUGCUAUGGCAGAGCUUGGAAGACUUCUUAUUUAUGAGGCAUCAAGGGAUUGGUUGCCUACUGUCAGUGGAGAAAUCCAAUCACCACUUGGAGUUGCCUCUGUUGAAUUCGUUGAUCCAAGAGAGCCUGUGACGAUUGUACCAAUUUUGAGGGCUGGUCUUGUAUUGGCAGAGUAUGCUACAUCCGUUUUGCCUGCAACAAAAACAUAUCAUGUUGGGUUUAGUAGAGAUGAGAAAACUCUUCAGCCACACUUGUACUUAAACAACUUCCUUCAUGCAGUUUAUGUACUAUUUUCUGGAUCACUUUUACUAGGACUACCAGAUAAAUUACCAAAGGAGUCUCUUGUACUUGUGGUUGAUCCAAUGCUUGCAACGGGAGGGACAAUUGUUGCCACAAUUGAUCUAUUGAAGGAGAGAGGAGUCGACCACAAGAAAAUACGAGUGGUUUCUGCAGUGGCUUCUCCUCCUGCCCUACAAAAGCUAAGUGAGAAAUUUCCUGGGCUUCAUGUAUACACCGGCACCAUUGAUCCAACAGUUAAUGAACAUGGAUUUAUUAUUCCAGGCCUUGGGGAUGCAGGAGACCGCAGCUAUGGCACAUGAUGAAAGAAUAGAUCAAAAUCAAGUACUAGAAAUAUACAAAGUACGCUCAAAUGAAAGGGGGUUCGAGGCGAUUAAAUUUUGUUUAAUGCAGGCUCUUUAUUAGGACAUCCUUCUCCUAUUCAAGGGCAGUGGUGACAUUUUUUGGAAAGAAACUCUUGGCAGCAUAUUAAGCAUAGCUCACUAGGCCUUUCAUUUCUUCAGUAUCAUAAAUCUUCAGACUUGUACCAAAAUGCACACAAAUAUAAAUGCCUAAUAAUGCUAGGUUUGUUUUAUAUCAAUUUUUAUUGCAUUAAUGCUGUCCAACUAUUUCAAAUC